AGCACGUCGAUGUGACAUGGCCUGAUCAACAAUCAUUCUCCAGGAUGCUCGGUCCCUGGCUGCAGCCUCCCAUCGAUGCAGACAUCCGAUCUCCGUCAGGUCUAGCUUCACCUGGUCCAUCCAUCGAGUUCGCUGUGCUCCCCUGCGCCUUAUGCCGAACUGGGGAUCGGUGUCGAAUACCUUCUUGGUGGAGCAUGAGUCCGGCAUGCUCAUGACAUGUCCCAGCCAUCGUAUCCUACCAUAUUAGUUAUUCUAAUGAUAGAACACGAUUAAUUAAGCACUUGUGUUGUGUUGCAUUGGGUGCAUAAUAUGGUAUUACAGUGGAUCUACAAUCUGCUUCCAAUAUACACUCUUUAAGCAUUCCCGCGACAUCAGCAUAAAUCAAAUAUCCGCGUUAGUCGAAUAUCACAUAUUUCAGCAGAAAAGCAUUCAAUAAAGGGGAGUAUUUUAUUAAAUUAAAUACUCUUAUAAACAUACUUGGCCAUUUAUUUAAAACAAGUGUUGCAAAAAAAAUAUGACACUUGCGUUUUUUAAUUAGUUUAAAAAUAUUAGAUUUUUUUUUUUACCCGUUAUAUCCGAAUCCGCAUAAGUCGAGAACUGUGUAACCCGAGAACAGACUGUAUUUCUAUUUAUAAUACUUAAGCUACUACAGUCUAUCACAAAAUGAAACAUGCUAUCCCAGACCAAAACUAACUGAAAAGGGUGCUGUUAGAACAUUAUUCAUUCGUUCUACAACGAUAUUUAUUAGAUGGAACAAAUUUCAAGCAAAACACGAGGUGCUGCUAGUUUGGUAUCGUCGAUCAUAUUUUGCUAACCGAUAAGCCUUGCUCGCAAAAGAGUGUUUGCACUGGGUAUUGAAUCCAUCAAUAUCCGUAAAAAGUUUAACAAAGUUAAGUGGUUUUCGCUAACGAUAUAUCUACAUUCAUCAAGUACUUGCGUGAUACAUCUUUACUUGUAGUUUAUUCUGGCUAGCCAUCAUGUCGUGCCAUAGAGACCAUCCUGAAGCUCCGACCUGGUUAAACGACGAGUUCUUCCGUGAUGUAAUGCGCGAAUCAAAUAACGAUUUGUCGAUCGAGCUGACCAGGCCCUCCAUAUUACGUCCUGGUACAAGCAAAAAAGAUCACUAUGGUAGUGUCAUGUUCCGGACCACCGUCACGUAUCAAUCAAAUCGCUUAGCUGAGGAAAAGUUUGUUGAUCUUAUCAUGAAAACAAAGCCUGAAGCAGACGGAUUGAUGAAAGAUCUGCUAGACGACGAUGGAUUGUUUGUGGUAGAAAUCGAGAUGUACAGCAAGGUUCUACCAGAAGUGACACGUUUGUUGAAGGAAAUAGGAGAGGAAUACAUCUAUGGUACGCUAAAGCCACACACUAUCCUUAUUUUGGAGGAUAUUAGUGGUCAAGGAUGGGUCGAGGGUGAUCUUAUUAACACGCUGGACGACAUGAAGCCGGUAGUGAAAAAUAUAGCCAUGCUGCAUGCAGCGUCCGUGAUCCUGGAAAGCUCUGAUACUACAGUUGUGAACAAAUUUCGUCAUACGAUGGCUCAUAAGUUUUUGGGCUUAGAAGGAUUAGUUAGAAAAGGGUUUGGAGAUUUGAUGCAGCUUACAGAGUUGUAUUCGGAAUUUGCGCAAUUUGCUAAGCCUCUAGUAAAGUUUCAGCAAAACCUGCGAGAUUUUUUUGACAGCAUUUUUAAGCCAACGAAAUCGAUACAAAGCGUAUUAAUACAUGGCGAUUGCCAUACAAAGAAUCUGCUCCAUCAGCUUGACGCUCACGGACGACAUACUGAAACCAUGUUAGUUGAUUAUCAGAUCUGCUGCUGGACCUCUCCGGCCAUUGAUUUGUACUAUAUGCUGGAUCUAAUACCAACGCAAAAAAUUAAGGACAAUUAUCGCUCUGAGUUGGUCUAUUUGUAUCAUCAACAGUACAGCAAUCUAUUGAAACGCCUGGGAUUUAAAAGAAACAUACCAUCCCUACAAGACUUGAACAUAGAACUAAUACGAUGUGCUGGUCUUGAACUGUUCCACUAUGCGGCUUUUAUGUCUUACCGGUUCAUGGAUCAAUGUGCGAUCGAUGUUGAGGCAUUGCUAAAGGGUGAACUAGAACAUCCUGUGACAAAAAAUGAAGAGUACAAGAAGAUUAUGCAUACCGAGCUAACACGAUUGCUUCACCAAGGAACUUUAACAAACGACUAGUACUACUUUGUGUUGUUUUGCAUAGAUAUAUCGAUUUAUUGGAUUCUGUUUUUGAUUUAUUUUUCAUUUUAGAAAUUGCUCUGUAGUGUUAGCAAACGAAAUACUGGAAUUACAAUAUUACACGCAUGUGCUUUUUUAUAACUGCUGCUUUUAUGGAUGAAACUUAACGAAAUAAAUUGGUUGUGUAAAAAUA